AAUAAAUAAAACAUUAAAUCGAUUUCGGCACGUUCGGUCAGAUAGUCAGAUCAAAAUUUUUGCGAACACAAAAUGAUCCAUUACGCAUACGGUUUCGGAGUUAUAGCCGCCCUAAUCGUUGCGUUCAUCCUCCAACAGAUAUGCACGAGAGUAUGGACGCGAUUCUUUUCGUCCACAAGCCAAGAGAAAUCGGUGUUGGCGGCGCUCCGAAAGAAAACCGGUUACACAUUCUCCAACUGUAAGAAAGCUCUUGAAAUGCACAACAACGACCUGGAAAAGGCUGAGGUUUGGUUAAGAGAACAGGCUCAGGCUUUGGGUUGGUCGAAGGCAACAAAAUUAGAAGGUAGACAAACGUCGCAGGGUUUAAUUGGAGUCGCCGUUAAUAAAUCGCACGGAGUCCUAGUGGAAGUAAACUGCGAAACAGAUUUCGUGGCCCGGAACCAGGAGUUUCGGAAAAUCGUUGAAACGGCAACAAAAGUUUGCCUCAACUUUUCUCAUUCCCAGGCGCGCCCACAAACCAAAUCCGUCUCCCGGACCAUUCAGAGUAGCUUGAGUGCAGAGCAGUUGGGCAGUCUGAAGGCCGACGACGGUAAACCCCUAUCCGAUCACUUGGCACUCAUGAUCGGCGUUGUCGGGGAAAACGCGUCCCUGAAACGCGCGACAUGUUUACAAGCCGGUGAGGAUACAAAAAUUGUCGGAUACGCGCAUCCAUCGGGAAAUUCACAAGGCAACGUGCUCUUCGGACGACUUUGUGGUUUAAUUGCGCUUAAAUCUAACUCAGAUAAUAUGGAUAACGAAAGUUUAGAAGACUUGGGGAAGAAACUGUGCCAACACGUGGUCGGCAUGAAUCCCCUCAAAAUUGGCAGUGCUAAAGACAAACCUGCGGCGAAAAGGGACGAAGAAACGUGCCUGAUUCACCAGGACUACCUUUUGGACGAAUCGAUGACUGUACAAGAAGUUUUGAACAAGCACCAAGUCGAGAUAGUCGAUUUCAAGAGAUUCGAGUGCGGAGAAGGCUCGCCUCUUAUCACUGAACAGCCCAUCGAUUUUGUAGAGACUUGCCAGUAGUAAUGGAUCGUUUUUAUCAAAUAAAUUUGUUGCGUUUAGAAAUAUA